UCUGUUCAGCCCCAGGUUUUCUCCACUGGUCAUCACAAUGCUCCCCCUGGAAUAACAUUAAUAUUUACUUCAGAAAAAUCAACUCCGUUAUUGUGCUAUAAUGAAGUAUGUAGAAAUAUGCCAGCAAGCCAUUUUUCUCGCUGUGACAUAUAUCUCCUUAAUUCAAGCAGAUUAUGCUCCUUACUUCUAUGACAAUGCACCAAACAGCACCAAUGGGAACAUGGCUAUGUUGAGCAUUCCAGAGGAUACACCUAUAGGAUCACAUCUGUACACUUUGAAUGGCUCAGAUCCAGAGGGAAAUUCAGUCACUUAUGACAUGACUUUUGAACCUGGAACAAAACACUAUUUUGCAGUGGAACCACAAACAGGAAAGGUCACUUUGCUGGAGGAGUUGGACAGGGAGAAAGAAGAUGAGAUUGAAGUACUUGUCGGUAUUUCUGACAGUGUGAAUAAAGUUGUCGAGAAGGUUCGAAUACUUGUAACAGAUGCCAAUGAUGAGUGUCCAGUGUUCAUUAAUACACCCUAUAUCAUUAAUGUCUCUGAGGACACCCCUUCAGGGACCAGCCUAUUCAAGGUGUUUGCAGUGGACAAAGACAAUGGAUCUGGAGGGAGUGUCACUUAUUUUCUGCAGAAUACGCGUAAGAACAAGUUUUCGAUAGAUCGAUACAGUGGGGUCCUUCGCCUAAAAUCAGGUGUAAAUUUGGAUUUUGAGAGAUCCACAGCCCACUUUGUUACUGUCACAGCCAAGGACGGAGGUGGAAAGUUGAGAGGAAAGCAUCGAAUUUGCUCUUCCUCAACCACUGUAACGAUCAAUGUUUUGGAUAUUCAGGACACUCCUCCCAUGUUUUCUGGCACACCGUAUUUUGCAUAUGUAUACGAAGAUACCAAACCUGGUUCAGAAAUACUUAAUGUGAUCGCCUAUGACGGGGACCGUGGGAACCCAAAUCUAAUCCAUUACACUAUUGCACAUGGAAAUGAUGGAUCUUUUGAUAUUAAUAGCACAACUGGAGCUAUUACACUUCUUCAAGCCACAGAGCUUCUUCAGAAGGACAUUUAUAAACUUCUAAUUCAGGCUUCAGAAGUUAAUACAGAUGUUGAUGCACAAGUGUUUAUGACAGCUAUGGUCACAAUCCAAGUGGUGGAUCUCAACAAUCAUGGCCCUAUCUUUUAUGGUGUGAAUGGUCCACAGUCACAAUUCGAGAUCACAAUGCAUGAACAUCCUCCAGAAGGAGAGAUACUGCGAGGGCUGAAAAUAACAGUAAAUGACUCUGAUCAGGGAACAAAUGCACAAUUCAAUCUCAGGCUAGAGGGCCCUGAAGGUAUUUUCCGAGUCAUUCCACAAGUUGUCAUCAAUGAAGCACAAGUCACGAUAAUAGUGGAGAACUCGGCCGCUAUUGACUAUGAAAUGAUCCAAGUGUUUAAUUUUAAGCUCCUUGCUAUUGAAUCAGACACUCCAGAAAUGUUUAGUUCCACAGCUGACAUUAUCAUUCAACUAUUGGAUACAAAUGACAAUAUUCCUAAAUUCACGUCUGAGUUCUACAUUGCACGGAUUCCUGAAAACUCUCCUGGGGGUUCUCCUGUUAUUUGUGUUACGGCAAAUGAUGCUGACUCAGAAAUUUGGGGAGAUGUGAAGUACUCUAUAUAUGGAACAGGAGCUGAUCUAUUUCUGAUUCACCCAUCCACGGGAAUUAUAUACACUCAGCCCUGGGCUGUGCUGGAUGCUGAGGUACAAUCUAGAUACAAUUUUAAUAUUAAAGCGGCUGAUGUGGAAGGAAAGCAUAGCUUGGCUGAGGUCUUUGUGACAGUCCUAGACGUCAAUGAUCACCACCCAGAAUUUAACGAGGAUAUUUUGGAGAAGGUCAUGAUAAUUGGAUUGCCUGUGAAAGUUGAGGCCAAAGAUGAAGAUGCAGAAGAACCAAAUAAUAUUGUAGAUUACUCAAUAAUGCAAGCAGAUCCAGCGAAUGUUUUUGACAUUGAUCAAGCCACAGGGGAGAUUGUGCUGAAGUCUUAUAUUAAAUCUCUGGAAGUCAUUCACAACAUCACCAGAAACAAGGACUGUAAGUGGUCACUUGUGGUGCAAGCUAAGGAUAGAGGUUCUCCUUCAUUCAGCACAACAGCGGUCGUGAGGAUCGACAUUACAGAGGAGACUUCAGGCAAAGGGCACAUGGCAGACUUUUUGUUGCAAUCUAAAGAUAAUCCUAUGAAAACCCUAGGAGUGCUAGCUGGCAUUGUUUGUUUUUUUGUGAUGUUUACAAUCUUAAUUUCGACAAUCACGUUUUGGCGAAACAAAAAGUCCAAUAGAAUUGGCCCGGUGAGGCGUAUCAUAAAGAAACGGCCAUACCAUAGAUCAAAGACUCGCAGAUCGAAAUGGUUUCAAAAUAAGAAAUCAGGCAAAAGAAACAUUGGUUUCAUGGUCUCUGAAGCCAAACACAAUUUGCAAGAUGGGAGCACUCGAUGUAAUCGCCCACCACUUCCUUUGCCACGUGCACCUUUGCUUCCUCCUCAACCUUCUAUGCUCCCGACCAGUCUCAACAAGCCAGACUGGGUACUGCCUACAGUGUCGGGAUCGCUCAAUGCCAAGGUGUCCCAUAUCCCUCAACAGUCAAAAUGCAAGGUAUCGAACAUCAACAGUGCCCUGGUAUCAGAACUUAAACAGCGAUUCGAACAGAGAAAGAAUGAAGAUGCUUCCAAGCUAUAUUUAUGAAAUAUUUGUACUAUUAUAAAGCAAAGUACUUAAAAUAAUGUGAUUGAAAUGCUAUAUGGGAAGGUUUCUAAUCAUGUCAGAAACAUUGAUUUUCUACAUUGUACAAAGUUUAAAUGUUCCACAGGUUAUGAAGGCAUAUAAUUUGUACUAUCAUACAUAUCUGCAUGCACGUACGUCUAUCUUUAAUGUAACAUGUUCUAUUCUCCAUCCAUGCUGAAACAUAUUACUGCAGUCUCCUGCAGAAUAGGGAAUUCAAUUUUAAAAAGUGCUGAAUGUUCCAGACACUGUCCUAGUGGAUGCAUAUUCUUGAGUAAGGUCAGAAGUCAUGCAACACCAGGUUAUAGUCCAACAAGUUUAUUUGUAAACAGAAGCUUUUGGACGGUAGCCUCUUCAUCAGGUGAAGUGAGAAAGAAGCACACAGAACACAGGAAUUAAAAGUAAAAUAUUAAAGGGUCACACAACUGAUGAGGAUAACAUAAGAUGCUGUUAAAUCUUUUGUCAGUUAGAAGGUUUUCAUUCAUUAAUAUGUUUAUGUAAAUGCAUGAAUUUCUUUCAGGUGACUGACUUGAGAGAACUAAAGGUUUUAUUAGUGUAAAUAAAAGGUGACAUUUUAGGUCAGACAAUGCAUGUUUGAUAUGAGGCCUUGUUUAUAAUCUGUUUCUGUUUUGAUUUAGAGUCAAAAUGGUUUUAUUUCUAAAGUAGGAAUUUAUAAAAUGCCGCAUUGACUGAUUCUGUAAAUUAUGCGCAUUUUGAACAAAAUACAAAUUCACCCCACAGAUUUGUGUGUCUGUGUGCGCACGCGCGCGCGAGGGGCAUGGAAGACAAUGUGUGUGUGUGAGGGAGACAGAGUGUGUGUGAGCGUGCUUGUGAAUGGGGGAGGAAGCAAGUGUGUGUGUGUGUGUGUGUGUGUGUGUGUGUGUGUGUGUGUGUGUUGUGUGUGUGUGUGUGUGGGGGGGGGUUAGCUGUGGAGCGAAAGAGAGAAAGAGUGUACGUGUGUGAGGAAGAGGAAGUGUGUGUGUAUGUGUGAGGGAGAGGGUGUGUGUGUGUGUGAGUGUGUGUGUGGAGGUGGGAGGAGGUUGGGGGGGGAGAGAGAGAGUAUGUGUUUGAGAGUUUGUGUGAGACAGUGUGUGUACGUAUGCAUGUGCAUGACAGAGUAUAGUGUGGUGGGGUCACUUGUAGUGUGACAUGAACCCAAGAUCCCUUUUAUCUCAUGGGUAUCAAACUUGGCUAUGAGCCUCUGCUUGGCAACUCUGCAUUUUUGUGUAUCCUGAAGUCUGCCUUGGAGGAUGUUUAGCAAAGACCCAAGGCCGAAUGUUCUUGACCGCUGAGAUGUUUCCCCAAUGGGAGGGAACGUACCUGUCUGGCGAUUGUUGUGCAGCGUCCAUUCAUUUUUGUAGCAUCUUCGCCAAAAUACCAUCCCUUGGGGCAUCCUUACCUGCAGCGUAUGAGAUAGGCAAUGUUGGCUGAAUCACAUGAGUAUCUGCUGUGCACGUGGUGGGUGGUGUUCCCACAUGUGAUGUUAGUGCCCAUGUCGAAGAUCUGACAUAUCUUGCAGAGGUUGCCAUGACAGGGUUGUGUGGUGUUGUGGUCAAGGUUGACAUGAAGGCUGGGUAGUUUGCUAAAACAAUGGUCUGUUUAAGGUUGGCAAUUAUUUGAAGAUAAGAAGUGGAGGCGUGAGAAAGAUCUUGGCGAGGUGCUCAUUAUCUUCAACAAUGUGUUGAAGGCUGCAACGAACAUGGUGUUGUGUGAUUUCUGACCUUGUCCACUCCAGUCCAACAAUGGCACCUCCACAUCAUGUUUAUUGAGUAGUGAGAGAUUGGGUGUCUGAGAGAGGAGACCGGCAAAGGAAGCAGAGGGAAGGAAAUGUUGGCAAGACGAGAACAGUCAGUAAAGUGAAACUCAGUCAGAGGUGAGUAGUGCACUUCUCAACUUCAUCAUAGUUACAUGAAUAUUAGAUAAACCCCUUCUUUUAAUUCACAGAUAUUGAUCUGUAUUUCCAACUUUCUUCAUGAAUGGAUACAGUAAUUUUCUACUACAGUAAUUUCUUAUUACUCUGUGCACUCAGAUCUAACCCUGACUAUGUUAUUAAGCCUGCUGAUAAGGGUGGUGCUGUUGUAGUCUGCUGUACUGACCUCUACCUUGCAGAGGCUGAGUGCCAACUCUCAGAUACUUUCCCCUGGACCAUGAACCCAUAACGUAUCAGGCCAUUGUAUAUAUUAUGGUAAUUGAUCUAAUUUAAUCUGGUGAUCUCACCCCUUCUGCUUCUGAGCUGAUAGUCCCCCAGACCCACACAGCUCACUUCUAUCUCCUCCCUAAAAUCCACAAACAGAACUGUCUGGGCAGGCCAUUGUUUCGGCCUGCUGUUGCCCCACAGAGCUCAUCUCUUCCUAUCUUGACUCAGUCUUCUCUCCCUUGGCCCACUCCCUCCCCACAUAUAUCUAUGAUUCCUCUGAUGCUCUACACCAGUUUCAAAGCUUCCAGUUUGCAGGUUCCAGUCUCCUCUUCUUUACCAGGGACGUGCAAUCCCUUUACACGUCCAUUCUCCACCAGGAGGGUCUUAUGGCUCUCCGCUUCUUCUUGGAGAAAAGACCAGAACCCUCCCCAUUCACAACCACCCUCCUCCGCUUGGCCGAGUUUGUCCUCACCCUCAACAACUUCUCUUUUAACACCUCAUAUUUUCUUCAGGUACGUGGGGUGGCCAUGGGCCCCAGUUAUGCCUGUCUCUUCAUGGGGAACAUGGAAUAUCCCUUGUUCCAGUCCUAUUCCAGCCUCCACUCACAACUCCGAUACAUCGAUGAUAUUGUUGGUGCUACUUCCCUCUCUCAUCUGGGGAAUUGGAAAACUUCAUUAAUUUUGCCUUCAAUUUCCACUCUUCCCUCACUUUCACCUGGCCUAUCUCUGAAUCCUCCCUUCUCUUCCUCGACAUUUCUGUUCCCAUUUCUGGGGAUAGACUGUCCUUACCUACCAUUCCUCCAACAUCCGUAUCCAGAAGAUCAUCAGACACCAUUUCUGCUACCUCCAGCAAGAUGCUACCACCAGACACAUAUUCCCCUCCGCUCCCUUGUCAGCCUUCCACAGGGACUGCUCCCUCUGGGAUACUCUGGUCCAUACUUCCUUCACCCCCAACACCUCCCCACAUCACGACAGCACCUUGCCCUGCAACCAGCAAAGGUGCAACACCUGCCCAUUUACCUCCUCCCUCCCCAGUUUCCAAGGGCCCAAACAUAUUUCCCAGGCGAAGCAACACUUCACCUGCACUUCCCAGAAUCUAGUCUACUGCAUUCGCUGCCCACAAUGUGGUCUCCUCUACAUUGGGGAAAUGAAGCACAGCCUAGAUGACUGCUUCAAAGAACAUCUACGUUCUGCUCACAAGAAAGACCCUGAACUACCUAUUGCCUGCUACUUUAAUGCACCACCCUGUUCCCUAGCCAAUAUCUCUGUUUCUGGUUUGCUGCAGUGUUCCAGCAAAGCUUCAAUGCAAGCUGGAGGAACAACACCUCAUUUUCUGCUUGGGGCCUCUGCAGCCCUCCAGACUCAAUAUUGAGUUCAAUAACCUUAGGGCCUAAACUCUUCCAUGUCCCAGCCCCCUACCCCACACACCAGUUCUUGUUACCACAUAGCCUACCAUCAUACACCAUCUGUUGUUAGUCACUAAUAGAGCCCACUAACAACUAUCCACCCUCCCAGCCUGAUUGUUAUCAACUCUUUGCCUGUCCAACUGUUCUUCUCUCUCUUUAGGCUCUAGCCUACCAUUUACACCCCACCCCAAUCCCUUCCCCUUUUUUUGUGAAUAUGAGCUGACAUUUUCCAGCCACCAUCAGUUCUGAGGAGGGGUCACCUGACCUGAAACAUUAACUCUGUAUUUUCCUUCACAGAUGCAGCAACUUUGUUUUAAUGCCAGAAUUUUCAAACAUUGGUUUAGUACUUCAAGGAAUGACAUAAUAUUAAAGGUAUAUUUGAAGUAAUGUUAAGUAACUUCCAUUUUAAUUUAAAGCAUCCCAUCUUUUUAAAGCUACAGAAGGCAAAUAGAUGUCCCUGCUGGGGAACACACUGGGAAAAUAUUACAGCACUCUUAAUUAAAAAGGGAAAAAUGUUUUUGAGCUGCAAAAAAGAUGUACAAAUAUUAAACUUGGUUUCAAUUGCAGAAAUCUACCACAAAUUGGCAAAAUUAACCUGAUCUGAUGAUGCAAUGCAAUUAAGUCAGAGUUUUGUGAAAAUGUAUUUAAUCAUAUUCCAGAAUGCUCACCAUGCAAUAUGAAGAAAAUGAAAUAUUAGUGAUAGAAUAUGACAAAUUAAUGCAUUAAGGUUUAAGGAUGGGUGUAUACAGUUAGAUCAACUAUGAUCUCAUUGAACACAGGGUGGGUACUAAAGGGUGCUAAAUGGUCUCCUGUUCUUAUUGCCAACCACAAAAAAUCCCUGAGGUAGAUUUAGUUCAAAGUAAACAUCUAAAUUUACACUGCAACAAGCUGAUGUACAAACGCUUCUUGUGCUCAUAUGAAAUUCUUUCAAGUUUAGUGAAAACACAGUCAAUGAGUAACUGAUAAAUUAAAAUGGACAAGAAAAUGUUUAUUACAAACUUUCUAGGCACUCCAUGCUAGUCCACAUAUUCAUUUCAUGGCCAAGCUAAUUAUGGAGCUAAAAUGGAACAUAUCUUCCAGCCCAAACUGUCGCUAGAAUCUGCCUGCUCUGGAUUAGACAGAUUGAUGAUUUGUGCCUAUGUAGUUAACAAGUACAGCACCAGUAGAAGGUUGAAGGAAAAUAUUUUCAAUUCAAUACCAUACAGGCAGUGUGUUAGAAUGGAAGGAUGAAAAGACAGCAUCUAAUUACUAAAAACAUUUAUCCUUUCUGGCUCAUCUGCAAUCUGUAUUGAGGGAGGUAGCAUAGGUCUCGGACUUUUUGAUUCAACUGUUGGCAAAGAAAGGGACUUUUUUGCUGUAUUUUGAAGUUGGAAUAAUAAUGACUGUGCAUAAUCAGUUCACAUCAAACAUGCUGCAGUUGUAGAUAUGUAAGUCUCAUGUUAAACUCCCUCCCUGUUGUCUUUAACUGGUUGAUACUAUCACCAAAAAUCAUGGGUGAUAAAAUAGAGAUAUGAAGAGAAAGCAGUAUUAUGAGUUUAGUACAUUUCUUGUGAACGUGUAACAUAAUCUUCCCAGUGAUGAACAUGUUGAUUUGUAUUUCAAGUUGUUUUUAUAAAUAAAGU